UUGCCACAGAUAUCCUGUUGUGUUAUGGAUGAUCUCUGAUAAUCUGCAAAGAAACGUGUUUUCUUUAGCAUCGAGUUAAUUUUCCUCAACAACAUACUCUAGAUUCUCCCUCAAAAGAACCUUCCUUCCUUUGUCACUUUUGAUUAGCAUCAGGAUUUUGGGAAAUGUAUGUUGUUUAAUGGUACUACGUGGAACAUUACCAAUAGCAACUCUUAACUGUAUGAGACAACAGUGAAUUAUUGUAUGCAUAUUUAACAAAUUUAAACAACUAGUAAAAUUUGUUUUGAAUAUUAGAUUCAUACAUCAGCAGUGAAAUCUGGUUGUAGUCCUUCAAGAAAUUGUACUUAAUUUUUAAUAGAUUUAUUCAGUAAUUAUUUGUAAACAAUUGUGUGUUAAGAGUCGUGAAUUGAACACAUUGUCAUUACAGAACAGGACAGGACAUAAGGCUAAAAUGAAUCCAGGACGUUCUUUAGAAUUUCCUUUGAAAAGUGAAACUGAAGGUGCAUUAUCACUACCUUCCACAAAUCAAGAAAACAGCAACUUGGCUGCCUUUAGUGGAACCAGUGAUGGAGACUUUUUGUCUCUGGAUCCAUUGAUGGACAUCAAAAUAGAACCAGAGGAAGUCUGUGAGUCUAAUGAAGAUGAUGAAUAUUCUUAUGAAAUUAAUUCAACAGUGAAUGAAAAACAUCCACAAACUUGCAAAAAGGAAGUAGAACAAGAAAGAAGAAAUAUUCACAAUGGAGAGAAGCCUUUCAGAUCUACUGACUGUGAGAAAGCAUUUUACAAGAGAAUUAAUCUUACAAAUGAUAUCACAAAUCCUACCAGAGAGAAAUUCAUGUGCAAUGACUGUGGGAAAGCAUUUUCCUUGAAACAAAAUCUUAUAGUUCAUAUGAGAAUCCAUACCGGAGAGAAGCCAUUUAUGUGCAAGGAAUGUGGGAAAGCAUUCUCCCACAAAGCACAUCUUAUAAGUCAUAUGAGAAUCCAUAGCGGAGAGAAGCCAUUCAUGUGCAAGAAAUGUGGUAAAGCAUUUUCCCAGAAACCACAUCUUACAAUUCAUAUGAGAUUCCAUACUGGAGAGAAUCCAUUCAGGUGCAAGGAAUGUGAUAAAGCAUUUCCCCAGAAAUCAAAUCUUACACUUCAUAUGAGAGUCCAUACUGGAGAGAAACCAUUCAGGUGCAAGGAAUGUGAUAAAGCAUUUUCCCAGAAAUCAAAUCUUACACUUCAUAUGAGAUUGCAUACUGGAGAGAAGCCAUUCAUGUGCAAGGAAUGUGAUAAAGUAUUUUCCCAGAAAUCAAGUCUUACAAGUCAUAGAGUUCAUACUAGAGAGAAGCCAUUUAUGUGUAAGGAAUGUGGGAAAGCAUUUUCCCUGAGAUCAAGUCUUAGACUUCAUAUGAGAUUGCAUACUGGAGAGAAGCCAUAUAUGUGCAACGAAUGUGGGAAAUCAUUUUCCCAGAAACCACAUCUUACAAGUCAUAUGAGAAUCCAUACUGGAGAGAAGCCAUUUAUGUGUAAGGAAUGUGGGAAAGCAUUUCCAAGGAAAGAUGAUCUUACAAUUCAUAUGAGAAUCCACACUGGAGAGAAUCCAUUCAUGUGCAAGGAAUGUGGGAAAGCAUUUUCCAAGAAAUCAAGUCUUACAAGUCAUAUGAGAUUGCAUACUAGAGAGGAAAAAGAAACAACAUGAUAAAAUAAACCAGUUACGGCAGAGAUCUCUCAAAUGACCAACUAUAUGACAGAUCAAAAUCAGUCUCAAAAUCUGCUCAAGAAAAUAAGGAAAAUAAAGAAAAAUACAGAAUAGGGGAUUAACAAGUGAGUGGGAAACUGGCAGAACGCCAAGCCAAUAUAAAGGCCCUAGCUUCACAAAUAGAAAACAAACAACAGAAGAUAAAAAUAAAAUAGAUAAAUAGGCAGUUUGGUGAAAAUCCAAAGAUUGUGUAUAGGAAGAUUACGAAAAAAAGUGGAGGUACAAACACCACCAAGCAAGGAAUACCCAGAGAGAUUUUGGAAGCGUCUGUUUGAAGACCCUAGACAACACCAAGAGAAUUCAUGGAUUGACACCAUUAGGCAGAAGAACAGCCAGAAACAGCAAAUGCCACCAAUAAGGUUCACCAUCGAAAAAGUAACAAAGAAAAUAAAAGAAUAUAAGCUGCCUUCCAACAACCUACAAAUGGCUCACAGGAGUCAUAGCAGACGAGAUCUGUGAACACCUAGAUCAAGGCAAAUAUAUGGAAAAAGAACGAAAGAAAUGCACAAGAAACAAAUUAGGCACUAAAGAUCAACUGCUAAUAAACAAAACAAUAUUAGAAAAUUGUAAGAAAAGACAAAGGAAUCUUAAUAUGGCUUGGAUAGAUUACAAGAAGGCAUUUGACACCCUGCCGUGCACCGGGAUAUUCAAAUGUAUGGAAUUAGACAACAUCAAUGAGGAAAUAAGAUCUUUCUUGGCAGCACAGAUGAGUAAGUGGAAGACCACUCUCUGUCUAAAACACUCUGAGGGCCAGAUAGUAAUUCCAGACAUAAAGGUCCAAAGAGGAAUAUUCCAAGGUGACAGCCUCUCACCACUUCUCUUCUUCUUGACCAUAGAUCCGCUUAGUAAAAUCUUGAAGAACUCUAACACUGGCUACGACCUAAGCAAAAGCAGAAGCAGAAAAGAGAAUGAGAGAGUGAACCACCUGCUCUUCAUGGAUGACCUGAAGCUGUAUGCAGAUUCAGAAGAAAAACUGGAAGAAUUAGUUAGGAAAGUCCACCAAUUCUCAAAUGACAUCUGCAUGGACUUUGGGUUGGACAAGUCUGCCAAGAGUACAAUAAAGAGAGGGAAGAAUGUAACAUCAGAAGGCAUAAAGGUAGAGGAGGGCAUGUUAGUUGAAGACCUGGCAGAGGAGUCUGUAUAUACGUAAGUAGUUGGGAAUAGAAGAAAACACUGGUAUAGAACGCAAGAAAAUGAGAGAAAAGAUAAAGAAAGAAUAUAUCAGCUGCCUAAAGAAAAUCAGUAGGUCAGAAUUAGCACCAAAGAACAAGAUCACUGCCAUAAACCAGCUGGCGAUACCAUUGGUGACAUAUGGUUUUGGCAUUGUAGACUGGCCACAAGGUGAGUUAGACAGGAUGGAUAUUAAAACCAGGAAGAUUCUCACCCUACGUAAAGUCACAAACAGACACCAGUGUAUGAACCGAAUAUACCUCCCUCACAGAGAAGGUGGAAUAGUCCUGACUGAGAUCAACCAGGCCUACAGAGCACCAGUAAUAAAUAUGAGGCAGUACUUGAAAAGCUAUGAUGAUGAAAAUCCAAAAAGGUUGCCCAACACCAUAAUGAAGCCCUGAGCCAACUAACAUCAAUAACAAAACAGGUCAAGAACAUUACAGAUCUGCUGGAAGAGACAGAGGCUAAUGAACAGACUCCAACAACAAAAAUAGCUAGAAGUCCAAGCAGAAAUACAGUUACUGAGAUGAGAAACUCAGAAUGGAAAGGUGGAAAAACCAUGGAAGGGCUGGAAGAUUUCAAGAAGAACUGGAAAAACGUUACAUAGACAAGGAAGAGUCGCUCAGAUGGAUAAGAAAUGGAGAUCUAGGUUAUGAUGGAGAAAGAUUGAUAAUAGGGGCAUAAGAUCAAGGCCUCCUGACAAACACCUUCAAGAAAAUUAUUCAUGUAGCGAUUGAGUGUUAGUCAUCUGAUAUCAACCUGCCAGACCCUGCUUGCAGAUGGUCACUGCACAGCCCACCACAAGAUCUGUUAAUAUAUAUAUAUUGGAAAAUAUGUAAAGAAUACAGAAAGA